GGGCGGCUAGCAGACUUGCAGGAUUGUCGCCGCAGGUGUCGCCCGGCUCGAGUCCCGUUCCAUCCUUUCUUAACCUUCUCUUCUAUCUCAACCUUCUUUUCUUUCUUAACCUUCUCUUCUAUCUCAACCUUCUUCUCUUUCUCAACCUUCUCUCCGGGUGUUGCAGGUGCGGCUGGCAGGCUCGCUGGAGUGUCGCCGCAGGUGUCGCCCGGCUCGAGUCCCGUCCCGAAGCUGCUCGCCAACAACAACGUGAAGCUCGACCAUCUGAAGGACUGGAGCGUGUCGGCGUUCAAGUGCACGAAGCAGAUGCUGCUCGAGAAGAUGGGUGAGGUCGAAGUCAUGCAAGAAGCAACUGGUUCGCUUGUUACACAGGCGUGUCAGCUUACUUCGCAGGCAACCAUGAAGCUCUGCGAACUCGCCUCUGAAGCAGAUUCAAGCAUGCAAGGUUUCAAUCUCCGACACAGCCAUGCCACCGUCCUAGUGCUCGAUCGGAAUCACCGGAAUGCACUGAGAGCCGCGCUGGCGGCAGUUGAGGCGACCCAGAUAGAGCUGCUGCGCGACACGCAGAGGAAGUACGAGGACAUCAUCCGCCUCGGCCGCGCCUUCUGCAGCCACUUCCAUCACGUCGUGCAGACGCAGCGAGCGCUCGGCGAUGCCUUCGCAGAGCUGGCGGUGAAGGCGCCCGAGCUUCAAGAUGAGUUCAACGUGAACAGCGAGACGCAGCGAGCGCUCGUUGCCGCCGGCGACACGCUCAUGGCCGCGCUCAACUUCUUCACGUCGAGCGUCAACACGCUCGUCAACAAGACGAUGGUGGACACGCUCGACACGUACCGCAUGUACGAGCAGGCGAGGCUGGAGUACGACGCGUACAGGGGAGAGUAUGAGGCGGUGAGCCUGCAGGCUCAGCAAGCACUCGAUCUCGCUGCCUCUUCACCGACGAGAGACAAGACCGUGAAGGUCAUGCAGAAGCAACUGGUGCUGUUACACAGGGCCGUGUCGGCUUACUUCGGAGGCAACCAGGAAGCUCUGGAACUCGCUCUGAAGCAGUUCAGCAUCAAGGUUCAAUCUCCGAACAGCCAGCCACCGUCCUGGCUCGAGGGAAUCACCGGAAUGCACUGAGGAGCCGCGCGGCGGCAGUGAGGCGACCGCAAGACUUCGCUCGCUCGCUCAGUUGCCCGACGUAAGGUCUGUGAUUUCGCUGCUGCUGCAGCUGUGGCUUCGGCGGUGUGGCGGAGGGGAAAGGUCACCAUCGGUCACUCGUGGUCGCCGCAGCCUCUCAGCGUCGGGCUUGGAAGUUGCGAGCGAUGGUUUUGCGCGAUGUGCCGAACCGACGCACCGCUGGGACGCUCGCGCUGUUUUUAUCCCGAAUCGAAUGCCGUUUCUGUGCUAGAGCAGUAGUGUCACGCGUUUUUAUGCGGGGACGAGUGGGGACAGUUGUCAGAUUCGCCGUGAAUAGGUGUGAGUGUCACGCGCGAGUCUUAAAUUGUCGCGUUUUUUUAAGCGUGGCUUCGCGAAAACGUUGGUGACAUUUUGUGACAGUCAAGUCAUGACGGUCGUGUGUUUACUGUUUUUGAUGCGUCGCGAAAAAGUUGGUGACAAUUUGUGACAAGUCACCUCGGUCGUUAACCACUCACGAUGUUUCUGGCUUGCGGACUCGCUCGUCUUUUUUUAAGCGCGCGGUUUUCUCUCGAUUUCUUUCCCAAAAACGAAUUUCAUUUCGCGACAGCACGUCGUACGGUAGCUCGCAGCUUCUAG